AUGCUGCGCCACCUCUACCUCCUGCCCCUCUUUGUCAGCGCCGCCGCGGCCGCGCUCACCUACAAGGGCGUCGACUGGUCCUCGACGUCCCUCCUCGAGUCGCAGGGGACAAAGUGGUACACCUCGUCGGGCAGCCCCGCCGCGCUCGAGACCAUCAUGGCGCAGAAUGGCGUCAACACGGUGCGCCAGCGCAUCUGGGUCAACCCCUCGGGCGGCGUAUACGGCCUCGACUACAACGUCGCCCUCGCCCGCCGAGCCCAAAAGGCCGGCCUCAAGGUCUACCUCGACUUCCACUACAGCGACACAUGGGCCGACCCGGCGCACCAGGUGCCACCCGCCAAGUGGAAGGGGCAGGGCAUCGACGACCUCUCAAACACCCUCUACCAGUACACGCUGCAGAGCAUGCAGGCGUUCAAGAGCGCCGGCAUCGACGUCGAGAUGGUAUCCAUCGGCAACGAGAUCCGCAACGGCCUCCUGGCCCCCGUCGGCGCCCUCGACCCGAGCACAAACGACGUCGCCUGGAACACGGCCCGCCUGCUCCACUCGGCCUCGGCGGGCGUCAGGGACGCCAAGCUGCCGCGCCGCCCCAAGAUCAUGAUCCACAUCGACAACGGCUGGGACGCCAGCCUCCAGACGAAGUGGUACGAAAAGGUGCUCAAGGCCAACUCGCUCCUCGCCACCGACUACGACAUCCAGGGCGUCUCCUACUACCCCUUUUACGACUCGCGCGCCACCCUGGCCAACCUCGCAUCGGGCAUCCGCACCCUAAAGUCAAAGUACGCCAAGGAGGUCAUGGUCGUCGAGACCGACUGGCCCUCCAAGUGCUCCAGCCCAAAGUACCCCUUCCCCUCGGACACCAAAAACAUCCCCUUCACCACCGCCGGUCAGGCCCAGUGGAUCCAGACUGUCGCAAAAACGGCCCAACAGGCCGGCGCCGACGGACUCUUCUACUGGGAGCCCUUCUGGAAGAGCAACGCCAACCUCGGCUCGAGCUGCGAGGACAACACCUUUAUCGACGCGCAGGGCCGCGUCACCACCGCCCUCGCCGCCUUCAAGUCCAUCUGA